UUUCAGCAGCUCGUAAAUAUCUUUUCGAGGAUACGUUAGAAAAAAAUGGAUCCGUCCGAAUCUCAGCAGGAUCUACUAUCAAACGAGGCAAGACCGCCUUCGGUGCAAUCGUUACAGGCGCCCAUUGACUAUAUUCUUGGCCCGGUCGAAAAGCAUUUCCUGCUUAGCGCGGAACGAGGUGAUUGUGCCACUGUCAAAAGGUUAAUCGAAGAGAAUCGAGAUCACCCGGAGAUAUUAAAUAUCAAUUGUGUCGAUCCAUUAAAUCGGUCGGCGCUGAUAGCCGCUAUUGAAAAUGAAAAUAUCGAGCUUAUUAAGCUGCUGCUCGAAUUGGGAAUUGAAGUGAAGGAUGCACUUUUGCAUGCCAUUAAAGAGGAGUACGUGGAGGCGGUGGAAGUCCUACUGGAAUGGGAGGAAAAAAUACACAAGCCAGGGCAACCUUACAGUUGGGAAGCUGCAGAUUCAUCAUCAAAUUUUACGUCGGAUAUAACUCCGUUGAUUUUGGCAGCUCAUAAAAAUAAUUACGAAAUACUGAAACUGCUAUUAGAUCGUGGUGCGACUCUUCCAACACCUCACGAUGCAAGGUGUGGUUGCGACGAGUGCGUCACUUCCAGCGAACAGGACUCCCUCCGACACUCGCAAUCUCGAAUAAAUGCGUACCGAGCGCUCACUUCGUCAUCUCUAAUCGCGCUUUCAUCGCGAGACCCACUUUUAACGGCCUUCGAGCUUUCAUGGGAACUGCGCCGUCUCAGCAGGAUGGAGCAAGAAUUCCGCGCCCAGUACAACGAGAUGCGGGAACAAACGCAGCAAUUUGCGACCUCUUUAUUGGACCACGCGCGCACGUCUUACGAAUUGGAAGUAAUGUUAAACUACAAUCCUACUGGCGAGAAUUGGGACCCUGGAGAGAGGCAGACCUUGGACCGGCUUAAACUAGCUAUUAAAUAUAAGCAGAAACAAUUUGUCGCUCAUCCGAACGUGCAACAAUUAUUGGCUGCUAUCUGGUACGAUGGUCUUCCGGGAUUCAGAAGAAAAAGCAUGAUAGCGCAGUUAAUGGAAGUUGCCAAACUUGGCGCAAUGUUUCCGGUUUACAGUACUAUUUAUAUGAUGGCUCCUACCUCACAAAUGGGAUCAUUUAUGAAGAAGCCAUUUGUCAAGUUUAUAUGUCACUCAGCAUCGUACGCUUUCUUUCUAAUGCUACUCGGUAUGGCGUCGCAAAGAAUCGAAUAUCUGUUGAUCGAAUUGUUUGGUAACGAAUGGAUGCGAGAGAUACUUGCCGGCUGGAAAAAACGAGAACGCGGGUGUAUUCCGGGUUUCGUCGAAACAGGCGUAGUCAUCUAUGUGAUAAGUAACGCAGCUAAAUAA